AUGUCCGAAACCGUCCAAAAGAAGAUGUCUUCAGGAUAUCCUAUGAAGACAUGGGGACAAGUCGUCCAGUUAGGGACAUCCCUGGGAUAUCCCUGUGCUGUGUGGGAUAAUACGCAUAUCAGACUUAACGGAAUAAAAGGGUCGCGCGGGAGAGCCACGGAGAGCAUCAAGUUAAGACUCGCAAACGAUCCCGUCUUGGAACAAAGGGUCGCCAAAUUGGAGGAGACGGUGUCGGCCUUACUGGCUAAAAAUCAAGAGCUUUCAGAAAGCAUCAUACAACUCAAGUUGGAUGAUAGGCAAGAAUAUGAGGAGCUUAGGCAGGAAUAUGUGGAGCUCAAGAACCUUGCUGCCAUUCAUACGACUGGCGUUUACUUUGAUGUGUAUAGACAUCAGCCCUACACCGAUGAGGGCACAAUAAUAACGUACAAUUGGGCAGAGAUAAGCUACGGCGGCGGAAUUGACAGGAACACUGGAAUCUUCACGGCACCCGUGAAAGGGAUUUACGCAUUCCAUUUCCAUUGUUUGCUUUAUGCCGACCAAACUUGGAUUCAACUGAGGAAAAACGGAGUUAUCAAAGGGGCUGCGGGGGGUGAAGCUGCUGGCUCUCCACUUCGUCAUAUGUCUGGACAAACCGUCCUGGUUGAUCUCUCGGUGGGAGACACGUUCGAUGUGUAUUUAGAGAGGGGAAGUGCAAAAGCAGGAACUGGAAUAGAUAUUCAUUUUGUCGGGUACUUGUUGCAACCCAUGUAAAAUGGACUGUGCCCUUUGCAAAACCCGGU